AUGUCGACAUUAGGUAUAGGAUCCUGGGCAGAUGCUGGUGACGAGUUUUCUGCACCACCGGAUGUGAUACAAAAUCCCGAUGGGACCAAAACGGUGAUAACGUUUCGAACCAAUCAAGAUGGGAAAAAAGUUAAAAUAACCCAGAAGAUAAGAGAAGUAGUUGUACAAGAGAAAGUACAUCCGUUAAUAGCGCAACGUAAGAACUGGAGCAAAUACGGGAAGGAGAAGAAUAAACCACCUGGUCCAGAUACCAGUACCACGCAAUUGGGAGAAAAAGUUGAACUUAAACUAGGUCUUUCAUGGAAGUUAGCCGAGAAAAAGGAAGAAGAAGAAAAAGAACAAGAGAGGGCUUCUAAAAUUACAGUGCAAACGCUUAAAUGUAGACUUUGUGGAGGUGAGCAUUAUACGGCCAAGUGUCCAUUCAAGGAUACAUUGGGAGCUUCUAGUCUUACACCAGGCGGAGGCACGCCAGAGCCAGGCCAGGAAGGUAACGGUUUAGGCGAUUCAGGUUCAGGUUCAGGCAAAUACGUUCCAAGACACUUGAGACCCGAUGCAAAUGGAGUCAUACCUAGCAAAGAAGCGAGAGACGACUCUACUACAUUGAAAGUAUCACAAUUGAAUACGUUUGUUGAUGAGGAUAUGUUGAGAAAUGAAUUAUUUGCAAGAUUCGGACCUUUACAACGAGUCACGGUGGUUAGAAAUAGAGAAACAGGAGAAAGUAGAGGUUUUGCAUAUGUCAGUUUUGCUACUGAAGAAAUUGCUCAAAAGGCAUUGGAUUUAUUGCACGGAAAAGGUUACCAUUCUUUGAUUUUGCAUUUAGAAUGGUCUAAAAAGAAAAAGCCCUUGUAA